CGCGGCGUUCGCGCCUUUUCCCGCCGCGCCGCCGCCCACCAUGGCGGGCCCCGGUACCGGCGGCCACCCUCGGCCUGUGACCCCUCGUCCCGCACGGACCGGCCUGUGACCCCAAACCCGGUACGGACCGGCCUGUGACCCCGCACGGAGCGGCCCCUGACCCCUCACGCCACCCCCGGAGGAUGUUCUCGGAGCAGGCGGCCCCCACGGCGCAGGGGCUGCUGGCCCCCCCCGCGGGCGAGCCCCCCACCUUCCCCCGGGUGGCGGCGGGCGCCUACUCGGACUGCUCGCAGCCCUUCCAGCUGGGCGAGCGCAGCUUCUGCCGGCAGUACGCUCACAUCUACGCCGUGCGCCUGGCCGCCAUGCGGCCGCGCCUGGAGCAGCGCGCCCGCCGCCGCUGGGGGGAGGACAUUGCACUGCGGAGGCUCUCGGAGCUGCAGGAGGGAGAGAAGUGCUACGUGGUGGGGACGCUCUUCAAGGUCAUGCAGCUGCAGCCCUCCAUCCUGCAGGAGAUCAGUGAGGAGCACAACCUGGUGCCUCAGCCCCCCCUGCCCAAGUACAUCCAGCCCUGUGACGAGCUGAUGCUGGAGGACGAGCUGCAGCGGAUCAAGCUGGACGGAGCCAUCGACGUGCAGAGGCUGGUGACAGGGACCAUCGUGGCCGUGUGUGGCUGUGAGCAGGACGAUGGCAGGUUCGUGGUGGAGGAUCACUGCUUCGCCGACAUGCCGCCCGCGCUGCCCUGGAGCGGGCCCAGCUCCGACCGGUUCGUGCUGCUGGCCUCGGGGCUGGGGCUGGGCAGCGUCAGUGGGGAGGCCCUGCUGAGCACUCAGCUGCUGGUGGAUGUGGUGACAGGGCAGCUGGGGGCAGAGGGCGAGCAGAGUUGUGCUGCCCACAUCACCCGUGUCAUUCUGGCUGGGAAUCUGCUGAGCCAGAACACGCAGAGCAGAGACACCAUCAACAAGGCCAAGUACUUGACCAAAAAGACGCAGGCUGCAAGUGUGGAGGCUGUGAAGAUGCUGGAUGAGAUCCUGCUGCAGCUCUGUACCUCGGUGCCCGUGGAUGUGAUGCCUGGUGAGUUUGACCCCACCAACUACACGCUGCCGCAGCAGCCGCUGCACCGCUGCAUGCUGCCCCUGGCCAGCGCCUACGCCACCCUGCGCCUCGUCACCAACCCCUACCAGGCCAGCCUGGACGGGGUCAGGUUUUUAGGGACAUCGGGACAAAACAUCAGUGAUAUCUUCAAGUACAGCAGCAUGGAUGACUACCUGGAGAUCCUGGAGUGGACACUGCUGGCAGGACACAUCAGCCCCACGGCCCCAGACACCCUGGGCUGUUACCCGUUCUACAAAUCCGACCCGUUUAUCCUCACCGAGUGCCCUCACGUCUACUUCUGCGGCAACGCGCCCCGCUUCCAGUCCAAGCUGCUCCAAGGGAAGGAGGGGCAGCGGGUGCUGCUGGUGGCGGUGCCGGAUUUCAGCGCCACGCAGACCGCCUGCCUCGUCAACCUGCGCGACCUCAGCUGCCAGCCCAUCGCCUUCUCCAGCUUCGGGGCUGACAGCGAGGAUGGGGACAUGGAAGUUGGACACUGACCACAGACUCCACAAGCCCCCACCCCUCAAGGGGUCCUGGCACUACCUGCCUUUGUCUGUCCUCUGGGAGGUGACAGAGCUGGGGAAGCACUGGAGGGACAAGAUGUUCGUACCAAUAUAACUUGAUUUAUUUGUGUAA